AAGAACACCAGUCGGAAUGGAGGCGGGCACUUCCGGCCUGUCAUGCCUCAGGUUCCGCAGUGUGACUGAGGAAGACUCCUCGAGCCACGUUCCGCGCAGUGACCCUGCUUCCCGCAGCUGUGAGGAGAGUGGGGCGAGGUCGGAACCCGCGCUAUGGCUGCAGUGACCUAUGAGGAUGUGCAUGUGAACUUCUCUCAGGAAGAGUGGGCUUUGCUGGGUCCUUCCCAGAAGAGUCUCUACAGAGAUGUGAUGCUGGAGACCUGCAGGAACCUCACGGCUAUAGGAUGCAAAUUGGAAGACCUGAAUAGUGAGGAACACUCUCAACGCUCUAGAAGAUAUGGAAGACGUAACAUCUGUUACUCUGGAUACAAGCCUUGUGAACUUAAGGGAUAUGGAAAGAAGCAAUGUACCUUUGCAGAUAAAAGGUUUCUUCAAAUAUAUGAAAGAAUCCAUACUGAAGGGAAACCCUAUGAAUGUAAGCAAUGUAGUCAAAUCUUUACAAAUUUCUGUCAUCUUCGAAAACAUGAAAAAAAACAUACUAGAGAAAAACUACAUGAAUGUAAUCAUUGUGGUAAAUCCUUUCCAAGCCGCAAUUCUCUUCAAAUACACAAUAGAACUCAUACAGGAGAGAAACCAUAUGAUUGCAAUGAAUGUGGUAAAGCAUUUACAUGUAGCAGUAAUCUUCUACUACACAAAAGAACCCAUACAGGAGAGAAACCCUAUGAUUGCAGUGACUGUGGUAAAGCCUUUGCAAGUAGCAGUAAUCUUCAAAUUCAUAAAAGAAAGCACACUGGAGAGAAACCCUAUGGAUGUAAUCAGUGUGGCAAAGCUUUUGCAUAUAGCAAUGCUCUUCAAAAACAUGAAAGAAGUCACACUAGAGAGAAAAUCUAUGAGUGUAAUCAAUGUGGUAAAGCCUUUGCACGUCAUAGAAGUCUUCAAAAUCAUGAAGAACAUCAUACCCUUGAAAAACCAUAUGAAUGUAGUCAAUGUGGUAAAGCCUUUGCAUAUAGCAGUAAUCUUUAUAUACACGAAAGAAGUCAUACUGGAGAAAAGCCAUUCAAAUGUACUCAAUGUGGUAAAGCCUUUCCAAGUCACAGUUCUCUUCAAAUACACGAAAGAACUCAUACAGGAGAGAAACCCUAUGACUGUAAUGAAUGUGGCAAAGCAUUUGCAUGUCGCAGUAGUCUUCUACUACACAAAAGAACUCAUACAGGAGAAAAACCCUAUCAUUGCAUUGAAUGUGGUAAAGCAUUUGCAUGUAGCAGUAGUCUUCAAAAACAUGAAAAAACUCACACUGGAGAGAAGCCUUAUGAAUGUAAUCAAUGUGGUAAAGCCUUUGCACGUCGAAGUGAUCUGUAUAUACAUGAAAGAAUCCAUACUGGAGAGAAACCAUAUGAGUGUAAUCAAUGUGGAAAAGCAUUUGUACAUUGCAGUAGUUUUCAGAGGCAUGAACGGACUCACACUGGAGAGAAACCCUAUGAAUGUAAUCAGUGUGGUAAAGCCUUUACACGUCGCUUUAGUCUUCAAGUACAUGAAAGAAGUCAUAGUGGAGAGAAACCUUAUGAGUGUAAUCAAUGUGGUAAAGCCUUUGCAAGUCGUAGUAGUCUUCGAUAUCAUAGAAAACAUCAUACUGUUAAGAAAUCAAAUUAACAGUGUGGUAAAGCCUUUGCAUGUUGCAAUCAUCUUCAAAUACACAAAAGAAAUCAUACUGGAAAGAAACUAUGAGUGUAGUCAAUGGGGACAACCUUUAUAUGUCACAGGAAUCUUCGUAAUCACAAAAAAAAGUCAUGUGGAGAGAAACCCUACAAAUGUAAUUGAUGCAGUAAGCUUUGGCAUGUAAGUUUAAUAUUGAGACAUAUCAAAGAACUCGUACUGGAGAGAAACCCUGUGAAUGUAAUCAAGUGAUAAUGCUUCUGCAUGUUAUGGUCUUCAAAGGCAUGAGAGAAUUCCUACUGGUUAGAAACAACAUGAAUCCAAUAAAUGCAGUAAAGCCUUAUACACCAAGUACAUUUUUCCCACUGAGUGAUCUCACUGGGAAUCAUGUAAGAUUAGUAGAAUCAUUUCAUCAUUAAAUUAUUGUCUUGUUUACAAUUGUCAUCCAAGAAUAGAGGAACACAGAAUAAUUUUAAUAACAAAACCUACUUGCAAAUGAAAAUGAUAUUAAUACUGCCAUCUUUUUUAUGGGUUACCUUAUUACUUGUUCUUAACACUUUCUCAGAAGCACAAAUGAAGAGCAGAGAAGCAUCUCGGUGACUGAAGGUGGUUACUGCUAAGCCUAACGACCUGAGUGUAUGUGUAAUGUGGAAACUCACAUUACUCAUGCAAGUUUUCCUCUGAUUUUUACAGUUGGGCUGUGUCAUAUGCACACACGUAAUGGUACAUAUAUACAAGUAUAUAUUGGAUGGGUAAUUAAGGGCCAGUGAUUUCACUCGAUAGUUGAAGGCACAUGCUGGAAAACUGGACUACCUGUGUUUGAUCUCUACACCUCUGCUCAAGGAAAUAGGGAAGAGACACUGUAAGUUGUCCUCUGACACACGUGCAUAACAUAGCACAGGUGUGUGCACACAGACAAACUUAUCACAGGUGAAAUGAAAGGAAAUAACCAAAACAUUGAGAACGUAAAUGCUUUGCCAGCCAUAAUGAGUGCAUUCUAGUAUUCCAAGGGGUUUCUGUCUCUUCAAAGAAUGGUGGCUCCCGUUUGAAUCUUGCAUCAUCCUUUCAUUCUCUUUGUCUCAUUUUUUAAAAGAUAGAUCAUUUUAAAAACAUCUCACCUGGGUGUAGUGGUCCAUGGCUGUAAUCUCGGCACUUUGGAGACAGGGUCAGGCAAAUUUUUAUGAGUUUCAGGCUAGUUUGAACUACAUAGUUAGAUCCAGGAUGCAUAGCUAUGAAGAAAGACCCUGUCUCAGAAAUUUCAAAACAACAAACAAGACCCAAAUACAUCAAUAACAACUAAAAAGCCCCCAAACCAAACAAGCAUAUCUCCUAUUAUGGAUCUUUUAAAAAUAUAAUCUAGAAGUAUGAGAAUUUUGUAAUUUUAGUUUCUUUAAAAAACACAGGAACAUUAUGGGAAUAUAUUUUUGUUUUAAUCCCAGGUGUGAGUUUAUGGAGCUUCUGUGAUUUGCCUCGUAUGUCAUUUUUCACAGUGGCAGAUAGUUGCUUCAGUUGUGUCAUGUUUGGAAUUCUGGAGACUUUUCAGAGGGCAUCUGUAUAAAUGCUAUGGCCCCAAGAGGCAGUGUGGGUUGAUGGUUGGUAGUUGAAUGCUAUUGCUCAAAGAAACAAAAAGAACAAAUUAGAUAUCCUGAUGGCAAAGAUCAACUUUGUCCCAAGGAACUCAGCAGGAAGUAGUCUAAUGAUCACAUUGCUUCCUUUCCCCCAUGACCUUUUUCCUUUCAGAUUUAGUACUAGGAGGUUGAAAGGGAAGAGGAAGAGGGGUGGAGAAGGGUAGAAGAAAUAACCUACAAAGUAGCAAACAGUGGGUACUAUUGACACCCAUACAUGGAGCUAGCCAGAAUGGAACAUUUUAUUUCAAAUCAUAGAGGAAACAGCUGGGAAUGAAGAAAGGGAUUUUUGUUUCAAGAUGCCAGCAAAACAUUCAUUGUGGCUGCUUACCUUGGGAUAUUUCACUAUUUGUUCCCAGGGAGGAGCUUCUGUGUUUGUUUUGUUUUGUUUUAUGUUGUUUUUCUUGUUUAUAUUUAUAUAUUUUUUUGCUUUCUUUCUUUUUUCUUUUUUUUCUCCCCAUAUCCUGUCUCAAAAAAGGUAGGGAGAAAGGCUUAGCAGUUUGAAAAAUUGGGAGUGAAAAUGGAGGGAGUAAGAAACAAAAAUGGCAGCGAUGAGAAAACAAAAGUGUUCACUCUGCUCUUUCUUUUUUUGAAAGGUUUACAGAAUUGUCAGGGCUACUGGAAAAAUUGCAGGUGGAAGUUGAUGCACUUUGGAAACUAAAAGCACUGGAAAAAAGGAGAACAAAAAGAUUCAGUCCAGGUGACUGCACAAGAUAGGAGAACUUCCUGAUAGGAAUAAAGUGGGAAAGAAACUGCUCUGGAGGGUCCUCAGGUCCAGGAAAAGAUGGAAAGAAAGGAUGGCCAUCUGAUGAGACAGCCAACUUCAAGAGAAAGGGUUAAUUUCAAAACUACUGCACCACCGGAGUGGGAGGUGGGACAGCCUGCAGAUACAAAAUCACUAUCAUCUUUCCCAGGAGUUAUGCAGCAUACGCCUGCUAAUAGGGUGAAACAGAGUUAUGACAAGCUAGGGUGGCGUCCUGUUGAGGCCAUGGUUUCAUAUGGGAUGACUUCAUCUUACCUGAAACAAAUUCUAAAUGACUAGUCUACUCAAAAUAGAAAUAUACCUUUACACAUGCUGAAAGGAAGGAGCUGUGAAUAUUGAAAAGUGAAAUGGUAUGAGGGGGAUGAAUAUCGCAAAAGACCAGUUGCUAGGCAAAGGGCAGUACUUUGACAUACAAGAACAAAAGCAAUUCAACUUGGUUACUAUAGAACAAUGCUGCUUAGUAGCUUUAAGAGCUUGGGACAAAUUUGAGAAGAAUGAUAUAUAAGAUCCACCUCACUUACAAAGAUUAUAUCAGGAUCUGAAGAAGCCUUCACUGAUUUUUUUUUUUUUAAACAAAGAUUAGUCUCAGCUGUAAAGAAGGCCUUCUCAGACCCUGGUGUAAAGCAGGUGUUGAUAGAAACCUUAGCAGAGGAAAAUACAAAUGCAGAAUGUAAAGAAGGUAUUACACCAUCAAAGGCUUGGAAAGCACACAUGGGUGAGUGGAUAAAAGAUAAGACUGAUAUUGGUUCUAAUGAGUACCAUGCUCAUCGCAUAGAUCAAACUAUAGCUAGAGGUCUCUAAUAUCAAAAUGCUUUAAUUGUAUGAAAUACAUUCAUUUGAAAAGAGAGGGUGACCAAGCCAUUAUAGAUAUCAGAUCACAAAAUGCCAGUGUGUUAAAUGCAAGAAAUAUGUUUACUUGGCACUGAAAAAGUAAACAAGGCAUCUUUAAGGGUAAUGGUUUUCUACAUAAACACCAGAAAGACAGCCUAGUCAUCAAACUACGUUCAGGGAAUGUGGCAAGGGUUCCCAUUGGACCAAGGCAAGCUACUGCAGGCAAUGCUGCUCUAGACCUGACCAUAGAUAAACUUCGUACUGUAUCCCCCAAAACUCAAUGUCAUAAAAAUAUAUAUUGGAGUUUAUGGUCCUUUGGCUGCCAGGACAGUAGGGAUCUUUGGAAUGUGCAGACUGAUUUCUCAAGGAUUCAUUGUCUAUCCAGAAAUUAAAGAUGAAGACUUCAAAAGGGAAAUUAAAAUUAUAGCCUAUGUAAAAACACAGAUGGAAUUUAAUGCAGAUGAUAGGAAUUGCUCAGCUCUCACUGUUUCCCUACAUCAAAGUCAAAAUGGGUCAAGUGGAAAGAAUAGGAGGGUUUGGAAGUACUGGGAAAACCUGUUCCGGCAAACAGUUUAAUGAUUAUAGGCCAAAAUUAAAAUUGCAAGUAAAUGG